GCUCGGAUCCCGACUAAGCUUUAUUUUUGAUCCACAAGAGGCGCCACAAUUGCCCACAUAUACGCAAUAUAGGAUCCCUUGAAAACACUAAUUUUGACAAGCCGCGAGACUCGAAGAAUCAUGCCUUACAAUUUUCAUGGCCGCAUGUUUCGAUACCGACUAAAAACAUCUAUGGGGAAAUUACUGUAUGCACUACUACUGGGCUGUAUGUACUGUACUCUGCAUGGAAAAUGGAUUAGUUCGGACGUUUGAUCGCUAUGUGGUGAUAGUGUUUCGAUGCCUGUUAGCGGGGUGGUUUUGAAGAAUCUGUAACUAGUGAAAAAGAAAGCGUUUAAUUUCUUGGAAAAUAAUCUUUCAGAUUAACCUAAACAUAGGAUUCUUUUAAAAAUCUUUUACUUUACAUAAGAACUGUAACAUUCGACAAAACACUAUUGUAUCGGUUUUGUACAGUAUACAAACAAAAAUGUUUACUAAUACGUAAGAAUUAAUAUACGAAUGUACGUAAAAGUUUAAUUCAACACCUACAUUUUUUUAUUAUUUUAUAAGUUCUUGGAUAUUACAUGUAUGAAGGACUAUCUUGUAUUAUUUAUCAGCAUCAACAUAUCUGCAGAUACAUUCACUACACAAAACUGGCUGUAACUUAAAAACCAUUAAGCAAACUACUUUUAAAUUCACAAGUGCUAUCGCCCUUAAGCAAAAUGGUUUACAAAAGAUAAAUACCUUACAUGUUUUAUUGUUACCAUCGUUCGUUUUAUUCAACCAAAUCAAUUUCUUCCUAAAAAUUAAACAUGUCCACCGCAACACAUAAACCGCAUAGCAAAAGGCACAAAGAAGAAGAAUCAGAGGUUUUGAAGCCCUAUGAUUUUUGUUGUUCAUCCGACUAUAUUGAUCCACUGACGAAAUACGACGACAAGAAUAAAUUUCUUCGCAAAAGUCUGUUCGCAUCUGCAAAUAUAAUAAAUGAGAGUCCACUUUUAAAAUUUGAAACUCAAUUUUCUGGAUACGUGGGUUCGGAACAAGCGAAACAAUCUGUCAAGAAUAAACACGCAGAUAUUGGAGAUCAUAGACGUAGAUUACAUUCAGGGCAGGGUGCUAUACCACCGUAUACCUCUCACAAUUUACGAUUACAGUCCCGUUUUGGAUCAUCGUAUAUCAAUUUACAAGAUAAAUGGACAGAAAGCUUAAAAUGGGGACCGAUAGAAUGGUAUAUAGAAGAUGAAAUUACAGAAGCAAAAGAUAUGUUAUGGGAACAAAAACAGAGAAUUUUUAACAAGGAAAUGGAUAGAAAUGUUAAAAUUGGAAAUGAAAAAUUUAAUCUUUCCAUGGAUAAGAAAUUAUCUAAAUUUCCUAGUUGGUACCAAGACUUUUCUAUCGAUCAAAUGAAAAACAUAAUGAUGCUACAGUGUGUAAUACGCAGGGACUGCGAAGAAAUGGUGUCAGGACGUACGGAAAGAAUGCUCAUUGACAUUGGAAUAGUGUCUACAUUCUUUCUACUUACACCAAAUAUCAUUAGGAAAUUACAAGAAACUUCUAAUUGCGACGCGAUCAAAUUUUUAAGAGAAAUCUACAAAGUCUUAACAGGAAAUUAUUUUGAGGAAGAAGAAUACAAACACUUUUACGACUGUAACGAAAGAAUAAUUUUAUCAGCUAUCGCAUUUCUAACUUUGCCAGAAACAAUAAUGGAACUGCACAAGAGAUUGCCGCCUGUGGUAGAGCCAAAACUUCCUAAUAAACCUUUACCGCCGUCACUACCGAUAAGACGGAAGAAAAAAUCACCUUACGAAGACGAUCUUUUUAUAUGCCCGGAUUGGGCAUCUUAUUACAAUCGCAUUCAAAUUUGGAGGGCACGCUAUCAAUUAUUGCCGAAACCAAAGAUAAUAUUGCCACCUAAAGAGUGCAUCUUAACUGAAUAUACGAGCGUAGAAACCAGUCGUGAACAUGAAGAAAACGAAGGGCGAAGAAAGGCAGAUCGAGGAAGUUCGAAUGGUAAUAAACUGUAUCAAACAGAACAAAGUCUGAGUAGUCGGGUAAAACGUAAAUGGAAAAGAGAGGAAGAAGAAGAAGAAGAAAAAGAAGGGGGAAAUAAAAAGAAAACAAGUUCUGCUUUAGUUAAAGAACAGCAGAAAGGAAGUAUUACCAAGAAACAUAGUAGAGAUAGUAGAAGUACAGAACAAGAGGUAAACAAGCUUAAAGAAGCAAACAAAGAAGAGGCUACUUUUGAUAUUGCACGACUACCCAAUGGAAGUAAAGUAUUCGAUUUUACGAUCAACGGAGUUAGCGAGAAACCAGGACCAGUAGAGUAUAAAAUAUGCGGAGUCUUACAAACCCCCCGACCAUACAACAAGUCUUGGCUUGGUGAAAAACAUCCCCAUUAUAUCGUAUCUGGAGCUGCAGAAAAUCCACCUUCGUGCCCUAUAACGUAUGAAAUGACUGGCGUUGCAAACGUAACGCCAACCAACAGCAAUGAAAAAUUCUUCGCUGUACUUAAACUCGGGGAUGGACCGAAAAAGAUUUAUCCCUGCGGUAGAAAAAAUUUAUCGCCAAAGUGGCAAGAAUGGUUACAAAACGUGGACGAAGAAUUUCGUAAAAUCGAAAGAGAAAUGAAGAAAUUGAUAAAAAAUAUAGGUGCUAUAACGAGAUUGGUGUUCCCAGGACCUAAAUGUGACAACUGUUGUUCCUGCAGGCAAAGUAGAAAGUCGUAUAUAAAAGGGAAGGAAGUAAGAACACCCUACUUCGUGAUAGAUACCAUAGCUGAGGAUAGUAAAAAGAACAAAUGUAUUAUAGGAUCAAUGGCGAUGCAUUCACCUGCGCCAACACCUCCAGAAUCAACGGUGAAUUUAUUGGAAGUGAUUGCUUCGGAAGAUGUUCUCGCUACCAAGCUGAUGAUAAAUGGUGUUACUAAUCCGAAAGGCGAAACACAAUAUUAUAUUUCCGGGAUCACAGACGAGAUCAUACAUCAACCAUCCAGGAUUGUCGAACGUCCACCUCCCGGACCACCGAGAAACGUUCCACCGUGUGUGUGUGCUAUUCAACAAAUAUCAGCUAAAGGUUUAACACAGGGAAUAAGCCACGAUCACAUACCGUGGACGAAAGAAGAUGGUUUGUGCUUUGGAAAAAAAUUUAGACCCCACGAAGCUCCUGCGGUCUCCUGCAAAAUGUAUCCCGGUGAUAAAUCAUGCAGGAGAAAUCCAUUUUACCGGCAAAUAGUAGACAUGAAAAGGAGAGUAGAGGAAACAAAGAGAAAAUCUAUAGACCCCUCGGAAGAAAAGAGAAUGUAUAGCAUCGCAGAUUUUCCACCGUGCGGGGAUGAACAUGGUAUGAGUAUUUGUGGUGCGCCAUGGGGUAGAUUGCACACUCUGACUCCGCAAGAGUUAGAAGAACUAGAAAAAUUGAGGAAACAGAUACUAAGGGGACCUCCGUGUGGAACGAAACCUGGUCGUGCCGUCUGCAAGGGACCAUUUGGUGAACGGAUACCACGGAAAAAGCCGGCGAUAGAUUUGAAAGAAAUACCUGGAGAAUUCGACGAAGAAGAGGAGGAGGAGGAGGAGGAGGAGGAGGAAGAUGCGAAAGAGAAAGUAAAAGAGACGAAAGUAGUAGGCAAGGAGAAGGAAAGAAAACGAGAUAAGAAAUGUCUCACGAGUCCAGAUAUUUUAGCUAGCAAGCAGAAAACGAAAGAAGAGAAAGCAGCGAAGAAAUUUAUUCCAGAUCCCCUUUAUCCUGGUUACGAUGAUACAUGGAAUAUACAUCGUACAGCACCAUCGGAAAAAGAAUCCGAAACAGAUUUUCAAGCUUUACUGAAACUCAGUUCUCCUAAACCACCUGCGACGCCGGCAGAAUCGUUACCAAAAAAUACGUCAAAAUCGAGGAAGGAUACAGAGAAAAUAGCCGUUUCUCGUCUCGCUAAAUCAUCCGCUGAGACACAUUCCUCCGAAACAAAUCGAAUGAAUAAAAUAGCAAAUAAACGAAAGAAGAAGUCCAGUGUCACGAAGGAUACUCGAGAGAUCUAUGGAAAAGGAUCUUUAGGAACUCGGGCAAAAUCUGAAGGAACGGUGUUCGAUAAAAGCACGAAGAGUGAUAAGACAGGAGAUUCUAAAGAACCGACACGACCAAAAGUUGGUAGUCUUCGGACAAAAAAAGGAAAUGGAAAAACCACAAUCCCUGUUAAACAAAUUUCUAAAAAUUUGAAUUCAAACUUGAAGGGUGAGAAACGUUCUUUCCAUGAAAAGCCGAAAAGUAAAAAAAUCGAAGCGAAAUCGAAACCUGCCACGAGCUUGAUAUCACAGCAAGCAAAAGACAACGGAAAUAAGAUUGUAAGUGAGAAGAAUGAACGAUCGGAUGACAAAAAUAGAAGCGGCACAACUAAGAACAAAUCGAAUCCGAAGAAAAAUUCGCCUGCGAGACACGAGAAGGAAAAGGAGGAUAAAGUAUUUAAUUUAAAUAAGAAGAAGCACAAACGAAAAGAUUUGCCGAGCAUCGAAAAUGAAAGCAUCGAUCCAAGGAAGCAGAUUUUAGAUUUGAAAAAGAUGCUGAUGUCUCCCGACAACUAUCCUCCCAACGUUAAACCGGUAGAUCUUCCGGAAGAGUUGCAAACUGAGUGUGCACACGAAUAUGGGCACUUACAUGCCGAGGAUGAUUCUACAACGGUGGUCGAAGAAACGGAUGUGCAAUUACCGAGCAAAGGACCCUGUGGUUGGAGAACAAAGUCGGAGCAACAAUUGCCAACAAAGAAGACUUUGGUUUAUCUUUGCGAACCGGAUUAUCCUCCAGAAACGAUAGAAGUACGAACAGGAGGCAAACCAUGCGUUUGUCGUGAGAAUCGAGCAAAAAAGAAAGUACUGAUGUACAACAUAGGAGGUUUGGUACGUGGAAAGAAAGAUGAUACGGAUUACAUCGACGGUAAACUAUUUAAGAAGAAGAAAAACGAAGAAGACAAGAAGCUGCAAGUGAUAGAAGGUAUUAUUUAUCACACUCCACCUUUGAGUCCUCGCAGGAGCGACGAAUAUGUGCCUGAAUACGAUCUCUAUAAAUCUCCGUACGACAUGUGCCACUCGAAACGUACGGACGAAAAUUUAAAAUACCUGGAACGCUUUGGCGUACCGAAAAUCUCCGCAUCGAAGUCAUUCAAGCAAAGCGAACCAUGCGGAUGCAAUGAAUCUGUAGACGUGUAUGAUAUUAUACAAGAAAACGAUCGAGUCGAAAAGGCGGAUAGUGCGAUCGAAGAGCUUGAAAAGAACAGACAGGAAUUAGUAAAACGUAAGCCACCGAAAGAACGAUGGGAAUUGGCGCUCAAGGAUAUAGGAUUGAUCGACUAUUAUACGCGAUGCAGGGAUUCGAUGCCUUGUUGGUUAAAGUGCAGAAAAUUUAAUCGAACAGGCUGCGGACCACCCCGUGCAAGACUCGUGGUCAAAAGACCAGUCUGUGAAUGUAAGUACGAAAGAAAAAUACUCGAGAAUAAAGAGGAAAAGGUAAAGUGGAAGGAACGCCGAGAAAAAUUGAAAUCCUUGAAAAAACAGCCAUUCAUAAAUAUCGAGAAUACUUCGAAACCGGUGGUCGCAGACACGAAGUUAAUGAUAUCCGGGGUAAAGAGAAUUCCAAGGGAAGACGAGUACAUAGACGAUGUUAAAUAUAGCAUAACUGGUGUUGUUGAAAAUUAUACCGAAGAACCACCGAAACCGAUAGUUAGCGGCGUUCGUAUGGCUACACCUAUUCAAACACCCGAGCCAAGUGUAGAAGAGAUACCAUGCGUUUGUUUACAUCGACACUGGUCACCCGUGAAUAUUCCGCCUGGACCGUUGCCUAAACCAGAAGAGUUGCAACGUGCUGAAGAUUAUAAAAGAAAGAUGGCUACCGAGAAAGCAUACAAACAAAUUCAUGUGCCCGACAAAGUAUACGACUCGCAUGGUACCCAUAGUUGCGACAAGACAUGUAACUCGAAUAGUGCUUCGGAAGACGAAGAUGUGCAAGAAGGAAGCAGCAACGGUACGAUGUUGCUUUCGAAAAAGAUCAAACAACGAAGAAGAUCCGAUAGUACGAGUAAGCAAAUAAGUAAGGAUAAUACCGAGAGGUCAAAACUGCGGUCAAAAUCUGACAAAAGUGUAGAAAAUACACGUGACAUUAUUAUACAUUCUCCUAAAAAGCCUGAACAAGAAGAAAUCCGUAAUUUUCUCAGAGAGAAAACUGACAUUCGAAGAGUUGUAGAAUCAACAAAAUCUCAAAGUUCAUCGAGAACUCGAUCUAAACUAUCUAAAACAACUAAAACGGAUUCUCAUUUGCAACAUACAAGUACCUACUCGAAAGAGAAGCUUGUAGAGGCGGCAGCUGACAAGGAAGACUCAGAAAUUUCUUAUGAUUCUCAUCUUAUGACUUUGGUAAAGAACGAAUUAAGCAAACUGGCAACAGAGGGAUUCCUAUUUGCAAAAUUGCCAAAGUGUUUCCUGUUGCCGCAGUUAAGAUACUGGUUGAUGUACAGGAAAGGGAUUGCCCUUAGUAAUACGGAUAGAGAUGAUUCGGUGCGAAAGAGUAUCGUGAUGUGGAAUAGCCUGAACGUUGGAAACGUGUCGAGAAUUGAACCGCCAUCGAUAGGUAUGACCAAACUACAACUCAGAAAAUUAACUUUCGAUGAUGCCGACAGGAUAAAAGAACAAAUUAUAAAGAAAAAGGCGAUAUUCUAUAGCCAAGUUCGCAAAGAUCGCGUCUUAUAUGCCCGAUCGAUGUGGAACACGAUGGAUUAUGGAAAAUAUCCAGACAUGUCGUUCAAAGAAGCAUUCUUUACGUACAUGGCAAGCAAAGAAGCCGACGGCUAUGUUUUCAAACCAUGGUUUCGUUCGGAUGUACGGAAUAAAACUCGAAACAUAAUAAUCGAUAGUUUGACACGAGAAUUUUUUAAGUCGGCUGAUGCAUCUUUCGGGCGGAAGAGGAGAAUGGAUUUCGAAAGCCCCGACGUAGAAAAAGAGUUUCCAGGACUGUACGCGUCGGAAUCCGCUAAGAAAAGUAACGAAAGCGAUUUUAGCGACGAAGGUGGACACGAGAAACAUUCUAAGAAAGAACUUCUUGGCGGUAAACGUAAAGAGAAAAAAGAUCGUAAAGACCGGGGAUAUGCCACAUUAGAGGGUGAAAGUUCCCCUGACGAGGAUCAAGAAACAAAAAGUCCGUCGAAGUCGAAAAAGACCAAGGCUUUUAAGUUUCCUUCGAAAAAAGAAAAACGAGAGAAGUCCAGAGAAAAGGAGAACAAAGAGAAAGAUGCGGAGAAAGAGAAAGAUAAAAAGAAGAAGGACAAGGACGAAAAAGAUGUAGAUAAAGAGAAACGUAAGGAGAAGGAGAAGGACAAGGCUAAACAGAAAUUGAAAGACCGUAAGAAGGGAAAGCAUGCCGGAGAGGAUUGUUUGGACAUCGGAGAGGCACAACCGAUAUUCGGCGUUAGCUUGCAUUUAGCAGUGGAACGAAGUCGUUGCCACGACGGUGUUGAACUUCCAUUGGUUGUAAGAGAUUGCAUCGACUUUGUAGAAGAAAAUGGAAUGAGUGUAGAAGCUUUGUACAAAGUUCCAGGAGUGAAGUCAAAAGUUCAAUAUUUAAAAAAGUUGUACAACAACAGAGAGCAUGUAAAUAUAUCAGAAUUCGAACCAACAGUGGCAACCAGCUUGUUAAUAUUAUUUCUGAGAGAGUUACCGGAGCCUGUGUUGGAAAACAGCGAGACGAUAUCCAGGUUUGAGCAAGCAGCAUCCACUAAAGAUGUCGCACAAAGGGAAGGACAGUUGAUACAGCUCACUCAACAACUUCCAGAAUGCAAUAAGGUUCUUCUUGCAUGGGUCAUAUUGCAUUUGGAUCAUGUCACGGCGCGAGAGAAAACGACAAAAAUGAAUGCUCAAACCAUCUCGAUGACAUUAAGCCCUGUCUUACAAAUGAGUCAUAGAUUGUUACUAGCUCUGUUAUUUCAUUGCAAAGCUCUCUUUCCAAAUGUACCACUGACAAAGUAUGUUCCACCGCUCUCGCCAGGCAGUGUCAAUCUGCCGGACACGGUGGAAACAAUCGCUGCUGAACUGUCCAAACAAGAAUCGUUGCUAUCCCAAAUACACAUGCAAAUGAAUGCAGGCUUUGUUACAAAAUCCCGCGAGGAACAAUUGUGGGAGGUACAACGGAUGAUAACGCAAUUAAAGAGAAAAUAUAAAACGGUUCAAAAAAUGGAAGGUGCCACGCAGAAAAGCCUAGACGAGGAAGUAAAGACAAACGAUGAAAAUAUGGUCGAACCGAGUGUACAGAGAAGCAAAGUCGAGGAAGAAGAUACGGCGCAUGUGAAAUCUGAAGCGCAAACGACGUCUACCUCGACGUUAAAGAGGAUCAACAAAGUUUAUACCUCGGAAGAGGGUAAGGAACCAACAAGUAUAAAUAGUAAUCAGAACGAACGAAGCAGUCAGACGAACGACAACGACAUCGUUGAUUCUGCCGCUGAGCCAUCUACGCUUGCGUUGCAAUCUAGCGAACAAGACGGUAGUGCCGCAGUGGUCAAGGCACACGAAAGCGCUUCGACGGUGGAACCCGAACCAGAAAACGUUAUAGACAAAUUGAGGGAGAGCUUAAUUUACGAAGAAUUAUUAAACAUGCAGGCGUUACUAAAGUCACGGAUAAAUCAAGAAAGAAAUGAAAUUAAACGACUGACGGAAAUGUUGUCAGAGAGAGGCCCGGAAAAGAAAAAACCAGAAAAACCAGGAAGAGUACAUUCGCCGAAUGAAGCUGAAUGGACAGCCAUGAUUCAAUUAGUCAAAGAAAAUCAGUUGCUCGAGAAAAAAAUGACCACCUUAAUUCGUAGUAUCAUAGAAGAAAAGGACGCUUGCAUCGAACUCCGUGUCCAAUUAGCAGUGCAACAAUUAACAGCCAGAACUUGACAACUAAAUGAUAAACAUUGAUAUUUAAAAUUUUACGGUGAAUAUAAUUACAGAGAAUCAACAAGCGUAUACAUAUAACGAAACACGACGUGUUUUUCACACAGAACGAGCAUUAGCGUAGUUUCCAAGAUGUUGUAUCUCUAUAAUCGUAUGUUGUCUCGAUUCGAUCCAGACUGUACUUGGUUGCUCUUGUAAAAUAAUAAUAUGCAAAUGGAACAUGUUCGAA